CCCCUACCCUGACUCUCUGGACAGUGCUGAUUUAGGCCCUGUGCCUGAUCACAUGCCCUCUCCUAAGAAAAAAAAACCUCUCUAGCAAUUACACACUAAAAUGAGCAUGUGCAGAGUAACUCCACACGAAUAUGUCUUAUCAGGAGAUAAGACGGAAGACACUGGAAGAAGGGGGAGCAAAAAAGACAGGAUCAAAAAGCCUUUUUACAGAAUGCAGAUAAUUAUCUCCUUAGGUUCCACAGUGAGUAUAACAAGCAUGCUGUACUGCAUAUACAGACUGAUUUUACUGUUGUGGGUUUAGUAACACUU